AAUAUAAUUUCUACAUGAAUCGCCUUAAAGAGUUUAAUGAGGACGCGUAUAAGUACUUAGUGGAUGGUUCUAUUCCUGAGCGCCAAUGGACUUUGAUUCAUGACGGUGGACAUCGAUAUGGAGUGAGAACUACAAAUAUGUCUGAAGCGUUCAACGGCGUUAUGAAGGGGGCCAGGUCACUCCCAAUCACUUCAUUGGUUAGAAUAACAUUCUUCCGGGUUAACGAAUACUUUGCCACAAGGAGGGAUUUAGGGAGAAACAGAUUAGACAAUGGACAUGUGUAUGCCAAGAAACCAAUUGAUACGAUUGAUAAGAAUGCUGAAAAAGCACGCUUUCAUGAUGUUAGGAUAUAUGACACAGUGCGUGGGAUAUUUGAGGUCACCAUUGGUUGUGGCAACAGGAUAGCAGGAAAAGGUGGAAAAUCCUACAUGUUUGACCUGACAGCAACAUCAUGCUCCUGUCAGAAACCAACCAUCUUCAAGUUACCAUGCUCACAUGUUCUUGCAGUAUGUCGAGCUCGUAACAUAUCGUACGAUGUUUUUGUGGACCCUUCGUUUCGCACUACAAAAUACGUAUCGACAUAUAAGAAGACUUUUAUGCCUGUUCCAGACAUGUUCACCUGCGAUCCUUGGAACGAUCCUACAGUUGUUCCAGAUCCCUCAACGAAGCGUGGAAAGGGUCGUCCACGAUCAACUCGUAUACGGAACAAAAUGGAGUCACCCUUGACGCGUCCUCGUAACACGUGCAGCUUUUGUGGAUUUAGUGGUCAUAAUAAGAGUUGGGGAAGUGUUGCCCUAGCGUAUCCGUAUCGUAACUUAUGUCGAGCAUCUCGUAAGGGUGCCAAGGACAUUGGUGGCUGCUUGAUGUUGUUACAGAUAUGGUCAUGGGAGCAUAUUUAUAUAGGGAGGCCUAUAAUUCGGACGAUUCGACCCGAUGGGCAACAUGAUCAGGAAGAUGAUGCGGAUGAUUUUGAACCGGUGUUAGGUUCACAGCAUCGUUGCGGGAUGGAUCCUUUACCAGUAAGCUGGCUUCGCGUAUAUCUUUCGAGAUCUUACUCCCCCCAUACUCUCGUCUACUACAGAGACGCACUUGAUCGACAACAGGACGAGCAAAUGACAUGGCAGCCUUACACAGCGGCUAAGAUGGACGCUCUGCCGCACAUAUGUACAUCGGGCCACGAGAUUUGGAGAUCACGUUGUCCACUUAUUUGCUUUGACAUCGUCGAGCUACAUCUCCCGGAUCGUGUCAUGCGUCAAUUCGGUUUGGAGCAGGUUAUUCCGCAAGCCUAUGACACCCAACCUCAACUACAUGCGAUCGAUCGAAGGACUGGGGACAAGAACUAACUCGUACGACAUAGAUCGCAUGUAGAUGCGUGGAAUGACUGAGCAUCUAGAUUGGUUCGAGGAGAUAACUUCACAGGUCAUAGCUCUGCUAUGUACAUGAGUUGGUACAGGCGUAUCUCCAUAUUACACCUAACGAACACCACAUUUGCGCAGCCAGGAUCACAUUACCAUCCGACAUCUACGUUACUGACUGCGCGCAUCCGAUUGGUGCUCAUACAAUGCAAUGACACGAUUCAAGGGGCCGCUACAUCGCCUGUUGAUGUGGGGUAUCGGCUAUGUUCUCAAACCCUAGGCUCCAUUAACGCGUCGUUGACCGAUGCA